AUGGGACAAGUUCACUCGUUGUACAAUGCCCUUUUCUCUCUCAGUCAACGGUCCAUUCUCAGUGUUCGCCGACUACUAUUUGGUGGAAACGAACUGCUACUGGAAGGGUUAAAAUCAGAAGAAACCAUUGUGUACCUUCCCAACUCAAUCUUUCAAUCACUUCCUGUGGAGAUAAUUCUUCAUAUUUUCUCUCAUUUGGAGCUCCAGCCAUACCUCUUCUCUCGUGGUGUAUGCAAAGAAUGGCAGCGUCUCCUUCCGCUGGCUGAUAUCCAUCCAGCACGGCUCCGUCUAGCUGAGCUUUAUUUGGAGAUGGUUAAUACGCCAGAUUUUAUCGACACUCGUACCUGGAUAAUUGACAAUCUCCAGCCAUUCGACCGACAAGCGUACAUCGACACCCUCCUUUCCCAAUAUCCGGCAGUUCCGGAAGAGUUUCGCAUAUGGCUUCUCGAAUGGCCAGAAAUGGCGACUGUAAGUUGUAUUUGGCCUGGUCUGCCAUUUAUAUCAUGCAUCGACUUCAGCCCCCGUAAAAGGUCUGGCGUUUACUGGGUAGCAUACAAAAAGCAUUCCCCUCAACUUCUAGCGCCAGUCUAUAGGCAGCACACUCCCUACGCCAAGUUUGUCCCUGGCCUUCUAAUCUGGAGGCGAAGUCACUUGACUGAGUGGCUUAUUUUCGAUAAAGAUGAACCUGAACUCUUUGGCCGUGUGUAUGUCACCAGUUUGUUGGAACUUGAAUCAUCGGGGGUCAUCCCUCACGAACGACAAAAAAUUCCCGAUGACGACGACGAGCUGGAAGAAGCGUAUGACGCGGACGCAGAUGGGUAUCUCAACGUGCCAUAUCCAGAUUGGAUCACCUAUUUGGAAAGCUGCUGGGCCGAAAAUGUUAGAAGGCUCGAACACCGUGAAACGUGCCGUCCGUUUGAGGACCGCGUCAUUCCUGAAUCCGAAAUCACCCCGCAAUUCAACUCGUCUUAUGCUACUGCACUCCCCACUGUUCCAUGGAGCUUACGGGAGUCGUUUACAGAGAAUCUCAUGAAUACGGAAGCUACUUGCCGGACUUAUGAACUUAGCUCGGUGAAAGAUGCGCAGCAGUCUAGUGCUGUCUUCGUCAUCAACGACAUUGAGAUGAUUGUCGCACCGCAGCAGAACGACAAAUCAGAGACAGCGUCCAUCGCGUCGACGCUCGUCGACGUCGAAAAGCCACCGCCGAAUCGGAUACCUCGAUAUCUCGCCAAGCUCAUCAGUGCAUCCCUCCCUUUAGCGCUCGUUGCUUUCAUAUGCACCGUCAUCGACAAUGUCAUCCGCUCGCAGAAUCCUAAACUGCUGAUACCCAUUAUCCUGGCAUUCGUGCUGACACUGCCCCACCACGGAGAGACGUUGCUCCUCGUAUGGUUACAGCGCCACCACACCGACUCCAUUCUCCCUUUCACGCCAUGUUCUCCGAAAGUUAUUGCCUACGCUACGCUUUUGUGGUUGUUGUGGAUGGCGUCUGUCGUCGAGCGAGCAAUCAGCUUUCACCGCGCCAGAAAGCACGAUAUUGUACUCUGUUUUCCUGGGAUAGGAUCCAAUGGAACUCCAAUAAACGCCUGCAGUACAUGGAUGGCGGAUAUCCUAUGGGCGGUGACCACGUCUGCUGUUGCUUCGGCGAUAGAGGCGGCUAUUAUCCUUUCGAUCACUACAGUGUGUUUUUUGCAUCACAGACAAGAGCUUAAGUCUUCUCCUGCACUGACAAGAUCUAAUCCUUCAAUGCUGGAGGGAAAGGCCGCGGAGGUUUGA